AAUUCCACCACUAUCUGCUCCAAGAGAAGACUUCAUCACAGAAAGUGAAACCUCGGACACCGAGGUUUUGGAACAGAAGUCGGAAAUUCCAGUGUCAUGGGAAAGUUCCGAAUCCACCCUGGAAUCUUUUAUUAAUGAUUCUACAGUGCAAUUAUUGACAAGCUUUGGAGAAUCAAUUACAGAGGACUUGGAUACACUGUCUCAAAGCGCCCAAGCAAGUAAAGUAUCUGAGAGCCCUCCUUCCCAAACCAUUCAAAUAUCAACUGUUUUGGAAUCUAGGAAUGAUUCAACAGGUAAUUCAACCAGUGAUGAUGCUACUAAUGCUUCCCAAUCCGUUCAACCACCAUCUGUUUUAGAAUCUAGCACUAACUCAACAGGUAAUGCAUCUGGAGAUGAUACUACUGAUGCGGAAACGAGUGCUAUUGAAUCACCACGGUUUUCAACGUCUACUUCUUUAACAACCCUGCCCGCCCCUAGUGUUGCUGGGGGGAAUAGGCUCGAUAACGGGUCCAGUUUUGAUGGAUUAUUGUAUAUGAUUUUUCUUUUGGUUGUUCUAUAUUGA